AUGGCGCGCCUAGACGAGAUGCGGUUCGACCCGUCGCGCCUCAACAAAGCGAGCGCAGCCGACUACUCGUCCUCAGAAUCCGACGCCGAGGCCGACGAUGAAUACCUCAUGCCUUCGCGCAACCCGCACGACAGUGAAUUCGCCGACCACAACCCCCGCAAACGGCGGCGCACCGGCCGAAAUGCCAAAGAAGAUGCGGCGUUGGGGAUAUUUGGAUCUGAGAGCGAGGAUGAAGGGCCGAGCCGGAAGUGGAAACACAAGAGCUUGCGGAAUAAGGGGGUUAGUUUUGUUUCUUCGGCGACUGCGAAAGUUGAUUCGGAUGAAGAUGAAGGUAGUGGCAGUGAAGAGGAGGAUGAGGAGUACGACGAGUCGAACCCCGGCGCGGUAGCCGCUGCCGUGGAAGAAGAGGAAGAGGAGGAUGAAGAUGAACAGAUGGGAGGUGUGGGAUUGGGGUUUGGUGGCGGGAGUGCUGCUGCUGCUGUAGGGCAAGGUCUGGGCUGGACACCAUCGACUCAGCAAGGGUUGCCGUCAAAACGAACGAAUCCACCGCCGAAAUCAUUUGUCAAAUCCAAGAUCGACAGUGCCAACCCCUUAGGAAAUGGCUUUAUACCAAUGUCGGAGCGGGGCCCGACGCUGCUGGUGAAGGAGGAAGAACCGGCUGCACCACGCGCCGCCAUGCCGAGCGCAUUUGGGCAAACUAAGAAGGGCGGGACAAAAAUCAACCCCAAAUCCUUUGGUGCUCGGAUGAUGGCUAAGAUGGGGUAUGUUGAUGGCAAGGGCCUCGGGAAAGAAGGCCAGGGUCGGAACGUCAUUAUUGAAGCCAAUCUCCGGCCUCAGGGUAUUGGUUUGGGAGCCGUGAAGGAGAAGUCGCAGCAGGAGAGGCAGGAAGAGAAGCGACAAGCGCGUCUCCGCGGGGAGGAGGUGGUUGAUUCGGAAGAGGAAGAGAAGAAGAGGAAGAAGGCUGCACGGAAGAAGAAAAUGUUGACCGGGGGCGUUUCCAGCGGUGCUGGUAGUGGUUCCAGUACUCCAAGGCGCCAAAAGCCCAAGUACUUGACGAUGGAUGAGAUCAAGAAGGCGGCGCCCGGUCUCGAUAUUCCCGAUGCCUUUACGCCUAUUCUUGAUAUGACUGGGCCGGGAAAGAAAAUGCUGACUUCGUCGUCCGGGCUCAUGACUCCAACGGGGGGUGUAGCCUCGGCCGAGUCUGUUGAGGCCGUGGAGAACCAAAAACUUGUCAAACGCGCCCAGAAUGACUUUAUGGCGAUUCUUGAGGAAUGGCAAAACCUGCAAGAACGCAAAGCGUACCUGGAGUUGCAGUUAAAGCAGGAACAACAAGAGAUGGAAGAGCUCUCAGCGAGUCUGCAAGGGAACAUGUCCAUCACCACAGCAUGCGAUACGGCGUCCAAGCCAACUGAAAGCGGCGAACUGGACAGAAAGGCCGAUAUCAGUUACAAGCUACACCAUGUGAUUGCUGGGCUUGAGACAGCCAGCAACUCCUUGUCCGACUCAAUGCUGCCUCAGAUCAAGGACGAACUGUCCUCGUUGGCCGUUGCAGCUAUCCACCCCCUGUUUAACCAAUACCGCCAGCUCUGGGAGCCGCUCGAGGAGCCCAAACCCACCUUUGUGGACGGCCUCAAUUCCAUCCGCAACCUCCUAAAUCUCGACCACCAACACAAGAAGACCCACAGGAAACCAACCGCCACCCCUUACGAAACCAUGAUGUACGAACUCUGGCUUCGUACGCUCGCCGCGACAGUCCGGGAAUGGAAUGUCCGCGACUCAGACCAGCUGAUUGCCGUCCUCGACGGCUGGGCCCCGAUCCUCCCCGCAUUUGUCCGCGCCCAACUCCUCAACGACAUCAUCCGCAAGCUGGAAGAAGCCCUCCAGAAAUGGCAACCCCGCAAACACACGCACAACCUCCCCCACCGCUGGAUUUUCCCCUGGCUGCCCUAUCUCCCAGCCGUCCACCUCGAUCCCAAAAGUUCCACAGGCCUUGUCGCCGACGUCCGCCGCAAGUUCCGCCAGCUGAUCGACUCCUGGGAUUACAAGCGCGGCGUCAUCCCAGGCCUGAAGCAGUGGAAGGACGUGCUCGCCCGCCGUACCUCCACCCCCGACAGCUCCCAUGCCCGCGGCAGUGACCAAUGGACACCCCUCGUACUCAACCACCUUCUCCCCAGCCUGGCUCGCUAUCUCCGCGCCCACUUCCGCGUCGAGCCCCAAGACCAGGCCCCUUACAUGGACAUCCUCGAUCACGUACUCGAAUGGCAGUCUGUCGUGCGGCCCCUCGAGCUCGGGGAGGUGCUUGUCGCCGAAGUCUUCCCGCCCUGGCAUGCCGCGCUGUAUCGCUGGCUGUGCCUGCCUGAGGCGGACUACAACGAGAUUGGCGCGUGGUUUACGUGGUGGCAGGAUGAAGCGUUGCCGGCUGAGAUACGUGGCCUACCAGCGGUGGCCGCGGAGUUUGAGAAGGGCGGGGCUAUGAUUGAGCGUGCGCUGGAUUUGGGUGAGAGGGCCGCGGCUGAGUUGGAGCCGCCUGAAGACGGGCCCGCGUUGAAGACUCGAAGCAAACUGGAUCCUGCCGCUGCUGCUGCUGCUGCAGCAUCGGAAAUACUACCGGUUCCGGCCCCGGGCACGAGCCAGAAGACGGCUGGGGAAGCGACAUUCCGCGAGGUGAUUGAGGUGUGGUGCCAGGAGCAUGAUAUGCAGUUCAUGCCGGAGCGGGAAAGACUACAUGCUGAAGGCCCGAUGUUUCGGAUCUCUGCGGUGGAAGGUGGGAAGAAGGGUGUGUUGGUGUAUUUUAAGGGGAACAGUCUGUUUGCUCUGGCCAAGGAGGGCAAGCCGGUGGAGAUUCGGCGGGAAAACGAGGAGGAUUGGGGGACAUUGUUGGACUUGGUGCUGUAG